GAGAGAGAAGAUGGGUGGGCACGUUGGAGGCCUGCCCCUGUGCUGGGGUACCCUGUAGCAGGCCAGCUUCCGUUCCCCUCCGCACGCUAAUCCUCUACCCCCCCCUAAUCGCACCACCUUCAACUCUCUCUCUCUCUCUCCCCUCCGUCCUUCUCUCCAUUAAAUUAUCUCGCAACUGCCCUUCCUGCUACUGGCGACUGAUUGGAGCUCGCCCUUCAAAGCCCAGCGCGCACUAUUUCUUCUCCGGCCAGCUCGCCUCCUCCCUCGUUCGCCCCACUUUAUAAACCUUCUCGCACACUCACACUCCUCACUGCUAGCUUAGCUCGUACUGGAACGGCCAGUGCCAGUGCUCUUUAAGUACGCGGCACACAAGCUUGCUGCUCUCCCGGGGGCUGGAAUGGCGUCCGAGUGGGAAAUGGCCAUGGGCGUGGAGCUCGGCAUGGGAAUGGGCUCCUACCACAACGCCUCCAACGUCCACGCCGUGCCCAUGGGCCACCAGGCCGGCGGCUACUCCGCGGCCGCUCACCAUUUCUACGGGAUGCAGCCCAUGCGCGACGCCAGCAUGCGCGUGGAUGAGCUUCUCGACUUCCCCACCGCGGGCGCCCACGACUUCUUCCCCGCCGCGCCGGACAACGGACUCCACCACCAUCACCACCUCGGCGCCGGCGUGGGCGAGCUGUCGGCCACCACCCCUUCCGCCACGUCGUCGGAUCACCAGACGUCCAUGCUCUCCUUCGCCGACGAGUUCUACAUACCCAGCGAGGAAGCCGCGGAGCUCGAAUGGCUAUCCAAGUUCGUGGACGACUCCUACUCGGACAUGCCGAAUUACUCAUCGGCCGCGCAUGCGGCAAUGGCGGCGGCUAACGCGGCGAACAACGGCGGUGGCAGCUCGGCUGGUCAAGACAGCUGCGUCACAGCGGUGCCAGGCCGCGGAGCGCGAAGCAAGCGGUCGCGCGCGAGCGCCGCGGCCGCCGCCGCAUGGCACUCCCUCAUGCCGCACCCGCCUUCGCAGCCAUCGCCCUCGUCCUCGUGUUCCUCGUCCGACUUCCCGUCCUCGACGACGGCACGACCUAGCGGCUCCAACUGCGGCAGUCGCGGCAAGAAGCAGGGACCCGUCGCCGGCGGCGAGGUGGGCCUGGUGGAGGGCGGCGUGCGGCGCUGCACGCACUGCGCCUCGGAGAAGACGCCGCAGUGGCGAACGGGGCCGCUGGGGCCCAAGACGCUGUGCAACGCGUGCGGCGUGCGGUUCAAGUCAGGACGGCUGGUGCCGGAGUACCGGCCGGCGGCAAGCCCCACGUUCCUGCUGACGCAGCACUCCAACUCUCACCGCAAGGUGAUGGAGCUGCGCCGCCAGAAGGAGCUCGUUCUCAUCCGCGGCAGCCACCGUCUGGACGCGGCAGCGGCGGCGGCCGGCCCCGGCCCCGGGGUGACCGUGAAGCCGGAGCUCAUGUUCCAUGACUACGGCAUAUGUUGAUCGCUUGAGCCGGCCGUACGGAUGUACUCCUAGCUAGUUAGCCGUGCAUCAUCGCGCGCCCGCGCAGCCUAGCUAGCUAGCUAGAUCCCUUUGCAAAAUUCUCAGGCCUCCUUUUCUUCACUUUUCGCCUUUUUUUCUCUCCAUAUAUUUUGCAUCUUUUUGUUAAUUAAUUUGUUGGUACCUACCUCCCUUCCAAGUUCUACUACGAGUGAUGAAUAUCAAGUUUGGUACAAUUGCCAUCGUGGCCAA